AUGCAACUCGCCCAUGCUACUGAACACCGACUGCAAGUGCACAUCAAUGUUAUUAAAGAUCUCGAAAUUCACUCUGGGAUUUCUGAACAUUGGACACCGGAUCAUGAAGAAUAUGUCAAGGCUCUAGAGUAUAGCCGUUGCCGGCACUUCAUUCACACUGUUGAAGCACUUGAAAGUCUGGUUGUACAGCACUUAUUUGAAAUAUUCAAAGCUAAUUUGAUGUUUUGGUAUAAACUCUGGAAACAAAUUUCCAAAGCUAUUGUGAAGCAUUCUGGUGCAAUCCGCACUGCACUGGACAAUUACAAUAAACUCACUGUCUCGCAAAGUCCACGACAACCUACACUACAGUAUAGCAAUGUCGUAUCAUGCGCAGUGCUUGGCGAGUUUCAUCUUCUCAAAUACUCACAACACAAGAUACUUACCAAACCAUGGAUGAACCCCACUCACCGUGAGAUGGUGGUGAAACAUUUCAAGGUUCUCCACGCUCGGGAGGAGAUUAUCAGGCUUAAUGUCGAAAUUUGCCGGUUGCAAGCAUGGGUCGUUACAGAUGAUGCUGAUAUGGAACGAGUGGCUGCAGAUCUUGAGUCAACCAAUGGCCCACUCGCAGCCAAAUUGCAGAUGUGA